UACUUCUUCUAACUUAUUUCCGUUAUACUGGAUCGUGGCGGUAGUCUUCGUUCAGUUCUUCGCAGGUUCACACGUAUUUUUUAAUAAGUUUUCAACAUGAGCAAUAGCGACGUUGUAAUAAUAUCGGCGGUCAGAACACCUAUAGGAUCGUUCUGUGGUUCUUUAUCAUCAUUGAAAGCAUCAGAUCUAGGAAGUAUAGUUAUUAAAGAAAGUCUUGAAAGAGCUCAUAUUAAACCUGUGGAUGUUUCUGAAGUAAUACUAGGACAGGUAUUGACUGCAGGUCAAGGACAAAAUCCAGCAAGACAAGCAGCAAUGAAAGCUGGUCUUCCUAUAUCUGUACCUGCUUACCUAAUUAAUAUGCUAUGUGGUUCAGGUUUAAAAGCAAUCUUGAAUGGUUACUUAUCUAUAAAAGCUGGAGAGAACCAAAUAGUUGUAGCUGGUGGUCAAGAAAGUAUGAGUCAAUCUUGCCAUGCAUUAUACCUUAGAAAAGGUGUAAAACUUGGAGAUUGUAAUUUAAUAGACACUUUAUUAAUCGAUGGCUUGAUAGAUGCAUUUCAUGGAAUUCACAUGGGAGUAACAGCUGAAAAUAUUUCUAAAGACUACACUGUAAGUAGAAAAGAACAGGAUGAGUAUGCAGCUAAAUCUCAACAGAAGGUAGAAGCUGCAAUUACUGCAGGCUAUUUUUCCAAGGAAAUCAUUCCUAUAACUGUACCUACUAGAAAAGAACCUAUUAUUGUAGAUAAAGAUGAAUACCCUAAGUUUGGAACAACUGUAGAAAGUCUUCAAAAAUUAAAACCUGCAUUUCUGGAAGCUAAAGGUACAGUUACAGCUGGUAAUGCUUCUGGCAUCAAUGAUGGAGCAGCAGCAGUAGUUCUUAUGUCUGCGGAUACUGCUAUACAAAAAGGACUUUCCCCAUUAGCUAAAAUUGUUGCAGUAGCUGAAGCUGGAGUGGAACCAAGAGUUAUGGGCAUAGGUCCUGUGCCAGCAGUUGAGUUAGUGUUACAAAAAGCAAAGUGGACAAAAGAAGAAGUAGAUUUAUAUGAAUUAAAUGAAGCUUUUGCAGCGCAAGCGAUAGCUUGUGUAAAAACUCUUGGUUUAAAUCCAAACAAAGUUAAUAUAAACGGUGGAGCUAUUGCUUUAGGGCAUCCUAUUGGUGCAUCUGGUGCUAGAGUAUUAGUAACUCUAUUGCAUUCUUUAGAAAGAAUUGGUGGAAACAAAGGUGUUGCAGCCUUAUGUAUUGGUGGAGGAAUGGGAAUAGCAAUCGCUGUUCAAAGAAAAUAACAAAUACUUUAUCCAAAUGGGUAUUACAUUUCAUUAAUACUUGUGUAUUAUUAUUUUGCAACAAAAUACUAUGUGGGUGUGUCACAUGAUAUUUUUAUUAUCUUCUUGGAUUAUUAUGAUGAAAUAUUGCUUUUAUCACACAUUUAUUAAAUCAUUAAAAGUUUAUAUAUUAUUACAACAAAUAUUAAUUAAUAUUAUUCUAAAAAAUAUACAAGGCCAUAAUAGGAAGUUGAGAACAUGCUUUUAUAAUACUAUUUAUUUUGUAUCAUUAUAAUAAGGUGUUGACUAAUAUAAUUAAAUAGAUU